AUGAAGGCUUGGCGCCUGCUUUUGGCAGCGAUCGUAGCCGCUGAUUGGUCAUGCCGGGCAGAGAUUCUUGGACAGACAGCGAAAAUGGCUUCCAUAUCAUCAACGUACUCCCAUUUUCAAAAUGAGAAGAAGAAGUCUCGCUCUCUCUGCCAGCUUUCCCGCUUUUCGAGAAUUCGUGGAGGAUCCGGUCAAGACUGCCAGUCGGACGCGGGUGGUCUGCCAAGCAUCUCGAAUCAAGGACAGGGCGAUGAUAUUACAAUCCAAGGUAAAGCAGAUAACCUUGACGCGGAAAACUCCACCGCGCAGCUGCUUGAAAGACUUAAGCUGGAGAAAGAUGAAGAUGGCAAGCCACUCAGUAAGAAUGAAAUCAAAAGAAGAUUGAAGGCUCAUGAAAAAGAACUGAAGAAAAUGUCACAAAACAAGAUUCAAAUUCCGAAGUCACAGGUUGCUGGUAGAAUAACACAGAAAAGACAACAGGGGCGACUCAUCUUUUAUGAUGUCCGCUCGGACGGAGAGAGGCUACAGAUCAUGGCGAGUAGUGCAAACUUCGAGAGCGAAGAACAAUUUCGCGAUCAGAAUGAGAUUUUGAGACGUGGAGACUUGAUUGGAGUGGUUGGUCAUCCGCUCACCCUCUUAUCCCCUUGUCUCCGCAUGCUUCCUAAGCAUUCCUUGAAAGAUCAAGAAACAAGAUACAGACAAAGAUACUUAGACCUCAUCAUGAACCCCAAUGUGCCUGGAGGAGCCAAUGCGAAACCUUUCAUUACUCAUCACAAUGAGCUUGGAAUGGAUAUGUAUCUACGAAUUGCUCCAGAACUUUAUCUUAAACAGCUUGUUGUGGGUGGACUGGAUCGUGUAUUUGAAAUAGGCCGUUUGUUUCGAAACGAAGGCAUUGACAUGACACAUAAUCCAGAAUUCACUACUUGCGAAUUUUACAUGGCAUAUGCUGACUAUGAGGAUCUUUUAUGCAUGCAGACCGAAGACAUGCUUAGUAACAUGGUGAAGAAACUAACUGGAUCUUACAUCGUUGUAUACAACAACCAAACAAUCGAUUUCACGCCACCUUUCAGGCGUGUGCAAAUGAUUCCAGCAUUGGAAGAGGCUCUUGGAGUGAAGUUCAGUGAGAGGAAGCGAUUUGAGCAGCAGGCGCUUUCACACGCCUCGGGAGAUGCAGAAGCACAGUUGCUCGAUGAAAAUUUCUGCGUCGCUCUUGAGCACGGGUUGCCGCCAACUGCUGGAUGGGGCUUGGGAAUCGAUAGGUUGACCAUGUUGCUCUCGAACAACAACAACAUCAAGGAGGUGUGGAGGCCGCUGGUGCUGCGGAGCGCAAAGAGAUCACUCCUCGCAUUGAAGGAUACAGACUCGAUUGUUUCUCCUUUUGAUCCAUCUGUAGAUCCACUUCUUCCAAAAGAGACUGAAGAAAGCCCUACUGACUUGGAUGGUCCUUUGCCUCUCACAUGGGAAAAUGUUGAGAAAGUGUUGGACACUAUGCGACCCUACUUGAUGAGUGAUGGGGGCAACGUGAAGAUCGCGGACAUCGAUGGCGGGAUUGUACGUUUGAAACUUGAAGGUGCCUGCGGUACUUGUCCUUCAUCUACCAUGACAAUGAAGAUGGGUUUAGAACGCGGUCUGCGUGAGAAGAUUCCAGAGAUUGUGGAUGUUGUGCAGGAUCUUGGUGACGGGGGCCCAGAACUAUCUCCUGAUUCAGUAGAAAAAGUCCUGGAUACGGUGCGCCCAUUCUUGAAGGUCGCAGGAGGCUCGAUAGAGUUGUUCGAUUUGCGUGGUGUAGGUGGAAUGCAGCCGGUAAUCAUUCUCAAGAUGACCGGAACCAGCGCAGCUCUACGAAGCGUCAAAAAUGAAAUUGUGCAGAGACUACAGCGCAAUUUCAUGCUUGCCGGCUUGAGAAUUGAAUGGACCGAUUAA